CGCAGGGAACGACCCCCGACUAGGUCCCUGCCCCUGUUUUCGCAAUAUACCUGGCAGGUUUUCUAUCAGAUGACCCAUCGUAAUAAUGCUGGAGUUAGGAAGCUCCAUUCCUUUGCUCCAAACCAGAAGACUUCUUCCCCUGUAUAUAGAGUAGGAGUAAUGUUGGCUAGAAACUGGCUGGUGUUUAAAACAGAAGAUUGUCAUGACUAUUUAACCUAAGCUCCAUGCUGAAGUAAGAUUAAUUGUCUUGGAGAUACUAAAUUGGGUAAGUGUUUUAAAUAAGGGUUUGAGUGGUGGGAGAAAUAUAGAGAAAAAUCUGAAAUUAAGGAAAGUACACUCGUAGAUAGAAAUUAAUAAGCAGCAGUGGAACUAACUUAACAGUUGGAACUUUGUUAACUUCAGGCUUAUGAUACAUCUUAUUUGGAGGUUAAUAGUGCAGGAAUUUUAGUAACUUGUGGCUGAUUAAAUCUAGGGUUGAAACACUUUUCAACCAGCAAUGAGUUACAUUUGAAAAAUUUUUUUAAUUAUGUAUAAAUUCAGAAAAAAAGCAUUUUAAUUUAAAAUGUGCUUAGAUGCAGUACUAAUGUGAUUGUCAGCUAUGCUUUAUUGCUAUUUAUUACAUUGUUUCUAUGGGAAAGUGAUUUCUGCACUUAAAUCUCUGGAAGCUAGUCAGAGACACCUAGAUAAGACAUUUAGAGAUUCAAGGAUCCAGAGUAUUAGAAUAUUCUGAACAAUCUAAAUUCAUAAAACAGGAGAUACGUCUUCUAGGUUAGUUAUUCUCCGAUAUUCUAAAUUGAGAGACACAGAGUACUUUUAUAUGAGUCAUGAGCUCUAUUCUCAGUUUCACCUACUGGAUAUUUGUCAUUUUAUACCAGAGAAUACAUGUAGAUAAAUGCCAUGUUUUCUAUUUUAAUUGAUCUCUUCUUUUUCUUAUUGGUGGGGUUCUUCACUUUUCAUUUUAUUUAUUUUUUAAAAUGUAUUUAUUAUUAUUUUUUGAGGUACACCAAGUUCAAUCAUCUGUGUUUAUACACAAAUCCCCGUAUUCCCUCCCUCCCUCGACUCCCCCCCGCCCUCCCCGUCCCAGUCCUCUAAGGCAUCAUCCAUCCUCGAGUUGAACUCCCUUUGUUAUACAGCAACUUCCCACUGGCUAUCUAUUUUACAGUUGGUGGUAUAUAUAUGUCUAUGCUACUCUCUCACUUCGUCUCAGCUUCCCCUUCACCCCCCGCCCCGCCAAACCUCAAGUUCUCCAGUCCAUUCUCUGCAUCUGUGUCAUGAAAAGAUGUUCAACAUCACUAAUCAUCAGAGAAAUGCAAGUCAAAGCCACAAUGAGGUAUCACCUCACACCGAUCAGAAUGGCCAUCAUCACAAAAUCUGGAAACAACAAAUGUUGGAGAGGGUGUGGAGAAAAGGGAACUCUCUUGCACUGUUGGUGGGAAUGUAAGUUGGUAUAGCCACUGUGGAAAACAGUUUGGAGGUUCCUUAAAAAACUACAAAUAGAACUACCAUAUGAUCCAGUAAUCCCACUACUGGGCAUAUACCCAGAGAAAACCAUAAUCCCAAAAGAAACAUGUGCCAUAAUGUUUAUUGCAGCACUAUUUACAACAGCCAGAACAUGGAAGCAACCUAAAUGCCCAUCAACAAAUGAAUGGAUAAAGAAGAUGUAGCAUAUAUAUACAAUGGAAUAUUACUCAGCUAUAAAAAGGAAUGAGAUGGAGCUAUAUGUCAUGAGGUAGAUAGACCUAGAGUCUGUCAUACAGAGUGAAGUAUGUCAGAAAGAGAAAGACACAUAUUGUAUGCUAACUCAUAUAUACGGAAUCUAAAAAUGGUACUGAGGAACUCAGUGACAAGACAAGAACAAGGACGCAGAUUCACUUUUCAUUUUAGAAUUUAUUAAAACCUCAGAAUGGUUGUAAAGUGGAUCACAGAUGGUUAGUGUGUACUUUGAGACUAACGAAUGUUGUCAUGUUCAGUGUCUUUUCGUCAGAAUGACCUACUUAAUAUUUUGUUUUUAAACUGAUUAAUAGUCUUUAUUCUAUUUCUUAGGCACUGGAAUGUGCUACUAAAGCAUGAACUUUGGAGUCCGGCAGACCUGAGUCCAAAUUAUAGCUCCGCCAUUUAAUUAAUACUUAACUAACUUAAUACUUAAGCUCCAAUUUAUAUAUCUUUAAGAUGAGAAUAAUAAUAAUUCCUACUAAACGGGUUUAUGACAGUUAAAUGAGAUGAUGAGAUUGUAAGGCUCUUAGUCCAGUGUCUGGCAUAUAGUGAUGUCUCUAAAAAUAUCAGUUACUCUUUAAAGAAAAUUUGUUUUGUUUUGUUUUGUUUACAGACACUAAUUGUAGCUUUUCCCAGGAAUUCUGUAUAAUUACCUUUUUUACGUGAAAAUUUUCAUUCAUGCCAUCUGUUGAUUCUUUCCCUUUUGAGAUUUAUAGUUAAUGACCUUCAUUAUCUUUUAAUGAAAACAGAGUCUUGAGUAAUUGUCAUAUCAAAAGCAGUGUGAUUACUCACAUAUAUCCAGAUUAUUUGGCACUCCAGAGCUAAACUAUCAAGAGAAAAUAUAAAAAAUGUGAAAAUUGUUAACAAAAGUUACUUUUAGCCUGGAAGAAUUUAAUUGACCUCCAGUUCAAGUAAUUUGUUUAGAAUUUCAAGUUCAGCUUCAAGUAGCCAUUUGGUUAUAACAUUGGCAGUGAUGAUUUUAAGCUAAAAACCUUUUUAGAAAAAUUAUUUAAAUCUUGCAAGAUUUCACAUUGUUAUAUUCGGUCAGAAUUUUGGUUAGUUUACAGAGAAUCUGUAUUGUACAUGACCUAUUAUUUAACAUGAGGAUUAUUAUAAAUAUUUUAAACUAAUAAGUUUAUGACUGAUAAUUUAAAGACAAUAAGAAUGACUAGCCUACAUUUUUUUCUGUCUUAUUUUAUAACUUUUCUAAAUUAAACUGUAAGGGAAUAAUUGUUUCAUUACUUCUCUUAUUGGAUGGCUCUAGUUUGAGUGCUCAAAGAAUCACCCCCUCAGGAACACAAAAUUACCAUUAGUAUCCUUUUUAUGUAUUCUGUUUUCCAUUCAUUUAACAUACUCAAAUAUGAACUUUGCUUAUUAGGAAAAGGUGCUUAAAUGGUGGUCUUAGAAUGCUUAGUCAUUUUAACUUGUUUAUAUUCACUCUUUGUUUUAGCAGAUUAAGAGUAAUUUUGUUAAAUAGAUUCUAUAGCUAGAUGUGUAAAACAGAGUAUGUUUAGGGGAUAAUAUUUCUUCUUUUCCAGGGUAACCCAAAUCUGUUUCUGGAACCAUGAAAAUUUUGUUGGUUUUUGACUUUGACAAUACAAUCAUAGAUGAUAAUAGUGACACCUGGAUUGUACAGUGUGCUCCAGAGAAAAAGCUUCCUAUUGAACUACAAGAUUCUUAUGAAAAAGGAUUUUGGACAGAAUUUAUGGGCAGAGUCUUUAAGUAUUUGGGAGAUGAAGGUGUAAGAGAAGAUGAAAUGAAAAGAGCAAUGAUGUCAAUGCCUUUCACUCCAGGGAUGGUGGAACUUUUAAACUUUAUAAGAAAGAACAAGGAUAAAUUUGACUGCAUCAUUAUUUCAGAUUCAAAUUCAGUCUUCAUAAAUUGGGUUUUAGAAGCUACCAAUUUUCAUGAUGUGUUUGAUAAAGUGUUCACAAAUCCAGCAGCUUUUGAUAGCAAUGGUCAUCUCACUGUGGAAAAUUAUCAUGCUCAUUCUUGCACUAGGUGCCCCCAAAAUCUUUGCAAAAAUGUAGUUUUGGUAGAAUUUGUAGGUAAACAGUUACAACAAGGAGUGAAUUAUACACGAAUUGUUUAUAUAGGUGAUGGUGGAAAUGAUGUCUGUCCAGUAACCUUUUUAAAGAAGAGUGAUGUUGCCAUGCCACGGAAAGGAUAUACUUUACAGAAAACUCUUUCUAGGAUGUCUCAAAAUCUUGAGCCUAUGGAGUCUUCUGUUGUAACUUGGUCUUCAGGUGUUGAAAUAAUUUCUCACUUACAAUUUCUAAUAAAGGAGUAAUAUGCCAACAA